AUGACCACUUUGUCAAAUAAAUAUAUUUUAGAAUUCGCUGAAUCAGCCAAAAAUUCUCACACUAACCACUUAGAGUCAUUGAUUAAUCAUGCAACUUAACACACUAACAUUUUCUAAUUCACUGAGCUCCUUUAAGUUUAGAAUAUUAAAGACCUUUAGAAUGGUCCUCAUAAAAAAUCCUACGACUUACUUUGCUUAUUUGCCUAUUCUACUUAUUAAGAUUGGAUCAAAAACAAAGAUAAAUACCCAAAUCUCAAUGAUUAAUAAAUUAAGAAACUACGUAUGCUUACAAUAGUCGAUUUAGCUUAAAAUGAAAAGGUUUUAGGAUUUGAAUUAUUAAAGUAUGAAUUGGGCAUGAACAACUAAGACGAAUUAGAAGAUUUAAUUAUUGAAAGCAUUUACACUGGAAUUAUUACUGGAAAGAUUAACCAAUCAGAUAGAGUUCUUAGAGUUGGAAAUGUAAUUAGUAGAGACGUUAAGGUAACAGACAUUCAAAACAUAAAGAACAGAUUAGUUAGAAUCUUACAAGAAAACAAUAAAGUUUAAGACAAGCUCUAAUAAAAAAUUGUCUAGCUCGAUUCAGAAAAGGCAUAAGAUUUAGAAAGUAAGAAAUUUAUUCAAGAAAGCAGAUAAGUAGUCUAGUCUUUAUAACAAAACCAAAAGAAGAAAUGA